AUGUCUCAGGAGGAAGAGAAGAUCAUGGAGUUCCAGCGCCGGGAAUAUGCGCUCUUGUCCCGUUUCGCUCAGCGAGAGCGAGAGAUGCGAAAGCUGGCACAGGAAUGUGCUGAAGCCUUCCAUGCUUUUGAUGCUAGUCGCAAGGACUCCUUGAAGGGUGCCUAUGUGGACCCCACUGUGAACCUGGAGAUUGGCCUGAUGCGACAGCGUCUGAGAAUCAAGGACCAGGAGAUCGCGCAAGUGCGUGAGGAGCUCCAAAAUGCGCAGUUUCAACCGAACGGGAUCCAGGGCAAAAAGCUCCUGGACAAGUGCAAUCACCUGCAAGAGGAAAAUGCAGAGAUUGCCCGACAGCUGAGUGAAGAGAAACUGCAGGUACUCCGUAUCCAGCUCUGCGCUGAGCGCCAGAAGCGGGUGCAACUACGUCUGGGCCGUACGAAGCAUGCUGCGUCGUUCGAAGAAUAUAUAGACAAAUUGAAAGCUGCAUGCAGAUUUGGCGAGAGAAUACCCUCGAAGGCUCCACAUUUUGAUUGCUGGCGUUUUGGGCAACCUGUUUAA